AUGGAGAUUGAGAAUAUUCUUGAAGUUUUUACUGCUAUUGAUUUCACUUGCAACAACUUUCAAGGAGAGAUACCAGAGAUAUUGGGAGAUCUCAAUACGUUUUACCUUCUUAACUUGUCACACAAUGCUUUGACAGGAAGAAUACCAAAGGCCCUUGGAAAGAUUCCAAGAGGCAACCAACUUCAAAUGCUCUUAGAUAAUUCCUUUGAAGGGAACACAGGGCUGUGUGAUUUUCCGUUAAAGAAGUAUAGCAACACCAAGGCGACUGGACUGUCACAAUUCCCUAGUGGCCAUUCUGAACCUGAAACAAUUGACGGGAAAUAUAUAAGUUUUGCCUUGGGAUCUUCCGAAUGGAAACCGAAGGAGGUAAAGGAAAAGUCUGCUUGCGAUAAGCAUAUGAAGGAGUCAUAA